AUGCGUGCCGGCGCGCGGUCGGGAUACAACAGCCAGGCAGGGCGAGCGGGGAAUGCGGCGGACGACGCGGAGAUUUCCAAGUGGUCGUCGCUGCCGCCCGAGCUGCUGCGCGAGGUGAUCGCGCGGCUGGAGGAGGACGACCGCGACUGGCCGCAACGUCGCAGCGUCGUCGCGUGCGCCGGCGUCUGCAAGGCGUGGCGCGAAAUGACUCGCGAUCUGCUGCAGUCGGUGGGGUCGUUCGAGGCGGGGCAGAUCUCCUUCCCCGACGAGCUGCGCCGCCCGGGCCCGCGGGAGCGCAGCGUGGAGUGUUUCAUCCGCCGCAGCCGCAAGACGGGCACCUUCACGCUCUUCCUCGGCGUGCCGCCCGCGCCCACCGAGACCGGCAAGUUCCUCAUGGCGGCGCGCAAGUGCGGCUGGCGCCCCUCCAGCAUGGAGUACAUCGUCUCGCUGGAUCCGCGCGACUUCUCGCGAUCGCGCUCGUCGUUCGUCGGUCGCCUGCGCGCCAACUUCCUCUCCACGCGCUUCGCCAUCUACGAGUCGCCCAACGAGCCCGUGAACCCGGUGUGUUCGCCGCCCAUCGCCAGCAGCAAGGUGCAUCCCGGCUACAGCCCGCUCCUCGCGCCGUCGCCCGCGCCCUCGCUCGCGCUCCCCGACGCCUCUGCGAGCGGCAGCGGCAGCAGCAGCAGCAGCAGCCGGUGGCUGACGGCCAGCGCGUCGUCGCUCUCCGCCGCCAAGAGCCCCGAGUUUACUCCCGCCUCCCCCUCCGCCGCGCACUCCGCCGCCUCCGCGUCCUCGUCCGCGUCGUCCUCCGCGUCGUCGGCGCUGCGCCCGUCGUUCCUCUCCUCCUCCUUCGACGCCAGCAACGGCGGGCUCUCCGCGCUGCUCUCCUCCCCCUCCACCUCCUGCGCGCCCGCCGUCUGCCACAAGCCCUCCGCCGCCACGCUCUCCCCGUGCCUCUCCCCCGCGCCCUCCGCGCUGCCCCUCGACGGUCCCGUCGUGUCCGUCGCCUACGCGCUCAACGUGCUCGGCGCGCGCGGGCCGCGCCGCAUCCUAUGCACGCUGCACCACGUGCCAGCUGGCGCCACGGGAUUGGCCGGCGACGACGAGGGAUUGGGAAAGAACAACAAUGAUGAUGGGGAAAGGGCGGGCGCGCGAGCAGCGGGGAUGGCGGGUGGGGUCGGAGGCGGCGUGGAGAUCUCGCUGGAGGGCGGGCUGAUGGGCGCUGCGGCGGAGUCGGCGGCGAGCCAGGGCAUGGCGGGGCUGUCGCCUCCCCCUCUCUCGCUGGGGGAAAGCGCCACCCCGUCGCGCCCCCUCCCCGCGCAACGCUCCCUCGCGUCUCCCGCGUUCACUCCGCCGUCGGCGUCGUCGUCAUCGUCGCUGCUCUCCUCGCCGCCCGCCUUCACUCUCUCUGACUCCUCCCCCGCCCUCUCCUCCCCCGCCCCCGCCUCCCCCUACACGCCCGCCCUCGCCACCUCUCCGCGCACGCUUUUCAGGCCCGCAAGCAGCAGCAGCAUGGGUGGCUCCGCGCGGCACCUGGGGCGGUCGCUGCUGGGGCAGAGGCAGGGCGCGGCGGAGGAGGUGGAGGAGGGCGCGGAAGGCGAGGACGGCGACGCCAUGGACGCGACUGCCAGGCUCGCGCCCACGCCGCCCUUCGCCUCGCCCGUCUUCGCUCCCACUGCCUCGCUCUCUCCCGUCCUCCCCCCUUCCGCCGCCUCCCCCGCCGCGCCAGAGGCGGACCUGCUUCCCCCCGCCGUGCUGCCGCUGUGUGCAGCGCCAGACGCGUGCGAGUGCCGGCAGUGCGGCGGGCGGCACAGACACGCGCAGGGAGGGCAGGUGGGGGGCGAGCAGCAGUUGCUGGCGGAGCCCAUGAUCCUGCGGAACAAGCCGCCCCGCUGGCAUGAACAGCUGCAGUGUUGGUGUCUCAACUUCCGGGGGCGGGUGACAGUGGCGUCGGUGAAGAACUUUCAGCUGAUAGAGGGCAAUGCGGGGGGGGCGGUGGACGAUGCGGACAAGCCGGUGCUGCUGCAGUUUGGCAAGAUCGGCAAGGACGUCUUCACCAUGGACUACCGCUACCCGCUCUCUGCCUUCCAGGUACGCCCUCUCCGCCUUCCAGGUACGCCCUCUCCGCCUUCCAGGUACGCCCUGCCCCUCUCCGCCUUCCAGGUACGCCCUCUCCGCCUUCCAGGUACGCCCUGCCCCUCUCCGCCUUCCAGGUACGCCCAAACCCUCUCCGCCUUCCAGGUACGCCCAAACCCUCUCCGCCUUCCAGGUACGCCCUGCCCCUCUCCGCCUUCCAGGUACGCCCAAACCCUCUUCGCCUUCCAGGCAGAGGGGAGUGGGGGGGAGAGGGUGGGAGGAUGUGCAGCAUGGGUGCAGAAGAAGACAAGAGAACUUCGCCAGGAAGCUGAUAAGGAUCUCCAGGCGGCGUGCUCGACUUACUGCAAGGAAGCACAGGGUAUUCUGAUCGCGAUGAAGAAGAAAGCAGCAGAGCAAGCUCGCAACGACACUGCUGCAAUCUUCCAACGACUCCAGGACCAGAUCACGAAUUACAUCAAUCUGGCCAAGAAGACGGACAUCGGAGCCAAAAACUCCAAGCUCACCGACAACUUGAACUAUUUCAAGAAUCGUGUCAUUUCCGAAUUCAAGGAUGCGAUGUCUGUUUUUGUCAUGGAAGCUAACCUCUCUGAAAUUCAUUUGAAGGAGAAGAAGAAGGAGAUCGACGAGAAAAAGGCAGCUGCGGCAGAAGAAGCUGAUAACCUCCCGGUGGAUCCUACCGUGCGUGAGAUCGCCAAGCAGGAGGUUGAGAAGGCAGUCGCGAAGCUCAAGCCGAUCAACAAGUCUACUCCUAACCGCUCUGUUAACAACGGCAAGAGGAAAGCAACGGCUGGCAAGAAGAAGGUCUUCCCGGUUAAGAACAACCGGAACGCUACCGUCGCAGCAGCCAAGAAGCCGAAGAAGGUGCAGUCGCAGCCUUACAACGGCAAGCAGCAGCGUACGACAGGUCCCGGAAAGAAGGAUGACAACACCACUCACCGUGCGAACAAGACGAUGGGUCGCUCCUUCUCCAAGACGGCCGGGCGCAGUGCUACUCACCCUAAGAACCGUAACGCAACGGCAAAAAACGGGGGAGGUGCCGUCCGCGGAAGAACGAAUCGACAGUAG